AUGCGAGAAGCAUUCGACUAUGUGAGUUUUGACGUAUCGAGUUUUUCUUGUCAUCUUUUGUCCAGUGAAUUUUUUUAUCAGGUGUCCAACGAUGAUGUGUGGGACAGUGAGCCCCCCGAUCCCGUGGAAGAAGCUAAGCGCGAGCGUGAAAUGCUUCGCAAAGUCGUCCAGGACUCUCCCGAGUUGCGGGAUCUUAAAGCCAAGCUCCAUCUUGCUCAAAUGAACAUGGAAAGGCAGCGACAGCUUGAAGAGAAGAAGCUUGUAGAGAUGGAAGAAGCGUCUCGAAAUAAGAAAUUCCAAGAGUUAAUGUUGGAACAGCUUGACCAAGCUGAGAGGCGUGAGCAAGAGCGUUUAUGCAAGAUCCAGAAAGACAAAAUGGAGACUGUGAUCACGAUGAAGGAGCAACUACAAAAGAAAGAACUUGAGAAGGAGCGGGCUUGGGAGCGGAGGAUCGAGGAGCAGAAAGAAAUGGACAAGUUGAUUAUGAAGCUAAACGCCGAGCGUGAGGAGGAGGCAGCAUCUAAAAAGAAGAAACAAACAGAAGCUAUGAGCUUUGUGCAUAAAUAUCUAGAGACUCGAGAACAAGAAAGAGAAAACAAGGCGAAGAAAAUGAAGCAGGAGGAAGAAGAAAUGCUCCGAUACCGAGCAUUACAGGACCAACGAGCAGCAGAAAAAGCCGAAAAGGAGAGAGAAAAGAAGGAGCGCGAAGAAAAGAUCCACGCAAUUCUGUCCGCUGGAAAAGAAGAAGAGGCUCGCCAAAGGGAUGACUUUGAGAAGAUGCUCAACGAUCUCUACUUUGAAGAGGCCGAAGAGCGCUACAGGAAGAACGCCGAGCAAGAGAGGAUCCGGAAUGGCAACUUCCCUUGUCUACAGAGAGAGCAAGUCCGAGAAAAUCUUAAGGCUUCGAAUGAGCACGACCAUUUCCUGAAGGAGCAGCGCAAGCUCAAAGAGAAGGCCGAGAGGGAGGCCUUCCACAAGAAGAUGAUGGAUCAAAUGGCCGAGGAGCACAAGAUCGAGCAAAUGAACGCUCAAAAACGAAGGAUGAAGAUGGAAGAGUUCAAGAGGGAGAUCAGUAAGUUGUGGGAGGAUAAAAAGUCCAUGUUCCACGGACAGGUGGACGAGGCCAAAGGAUUCCGGAAGAAAGAAGAAGAGAUGCAAGCCAAGAGAAAGGAGGUGAUAGAGGAGGAGCGACGCAAGCUCUUGGCGACUCAAGGAAGAAAGUUAGCCCAUUUCCUUCCAAAGCACACGCUAGAAAGCGAGGAAGACUAUAAAAUCGUUGGAAUUCCACCACCACCACAGCGGGAAAAGAGGAGAUAGAGCGAGCG